UCUCUCUCUCUCUCUCUGUCUCAAAGAUAAAUGAACAUUUAAAAAAAGAGUGAGGCAGAGAAAAACAGCAAGUGCUCUGGGAUAUUUAUAUGGCUCGGUUAACACCGCCUGGCUCAAAAGAGGCUUUCAGUAAGUAAGAGAGAAAUAACGAUUAUAGGGAAUUCAGAGAUUUGUUUCACCGAGGACUCUGCAGUACAACUGCACCUUUCUGGCUCCGGAAGGAGAGACAGGAGUUGAAGUCCCUAUAAAAGCCCCAGACUUUGAACUCAGAAGAGAGACUGCAUUUCUAAGCCCAGUGUCUCCUGUGAGCGAUGCCUUUGGCCGAGCCGCGUCAAACCGGAGUCGGCUGGCCGUCUGUAUCAGGACCGCCACAGAUGCCUGUUUAACAAACGCUGGGAGCAGGAAUCUACAUUUUCCAGCCCAGGGCCCACGGGGCUGUACCGUGGGAGCCCUCAAAAACAGUGGGGUCCUACGGUCCGGCCGGUUUCCGCGCGCGCCACUCGCUUCCGGUUGGCGCUGCAACAUCAUUAAGCGGCGCCGGAAGUGCCUUCGCGCUGCCUAGGAGACGGGACGCGGGGCCGUCGGCUGACAGGGCCGGGCUGGCCGCGCCCACUCGGUCGCCAUGGAGCUUCCCCCAGGGCCUCGCGACGAUCCCCGCGCCUGGGACGAUGACUCGGACCCGGAGCCUGAGCCCGACCCCGACGCGCAGGCCGAGGCUUACGUGGCCCGCGUGCUCAGCCCGCCGAAAGUCGGGCAGGCGCUCCCGCGCGCGCCUUUGCUGUCGGCUCCGGUCGCGUCCCCUGGCGCCCUGGAGCCGCGGGCGGCGUCCAAGGGUCCGCCCGUGGGCGUCCCGGGCCUGCUGAGCCUUCCUCCGGAGCUGCUGCUCGAGAUCUGCGCCUACCUAGACGCGCGUCUGGUGCUCCACGUCCUGCCGCGCGUGUGCCACACGCUGCGCGACCUCGUGCGUGACCAUGUCACCUGGAGACUACGCGCGCAGCGCCGCGUACGAGCGCCCUACCCAGUGGUGGAAGAGGAGGACUUUGACUGGCCGACGGCCUGCAUUGAGCUGGAGCAACACCUGUCGCGCUGGGCCGAGGACGGGCGCUGGGCUGAGUACUUCUGCCUGGCCGACGGACACUUUGCUUCCAUCGACUCCGUGCUGCUGCUCCAGGGUGGGACGCUUUGUCUGUCAGGCUCCCGAGAUCGCAACGUCAACCUGUGGGACCUGCGGCAGCUCGGGGUGGAGCCCAGCCGAGUUCUAGUCAAGGCCCUGGGCACCCAGAAGAACAGCACCCACAAGGGGGAUGAUCGCAGGUCUGGUCCACAGGGCUGGGUGUGGUCGCUGGCAGCGCUGGACCACCGCGUGUGCUCCGGUUCCUGGGACAGCACGGUGAAGCUCUGGGACAUGGCGGCAGACGGGCAGCAGUUUGGCGAGAUAAAAGGCAAGGCGGCCGUGCUGUGUUUGUCCUACCGGCCUGACAUCCUGGUGACUGGCACCUAUGACAAGAAGGUGACCGUCUACGACCCCAGAGCGGGCCCGGCGCUGCUGAAGAGCAGGCGGCUGCACUCCAGCGCGGUGCUGGCGCUGCUGGCGGAUGACCGUCACAUCAUCUCGGGCAGCGAGGACCACACACUCGUGGUGUUCGACCGCCGGGCCAACAGCGUCCUGCAGCGACUGCAGCUGGAUUCCUACCUGCUCUGCAUGUCCUACCGGGAGCCCCAGCUCUGGGCUGGUGACAACCAGGGCCUGCUGCACGUCUUCGCCAACCACAGUGGCUGCUUCCAACUCGUCCGGUCCUUUGACGUGGGCCACAGGUCUCAGAUCACAGGCAUCAAACACUCACUGGGGGCCUUGUACACCACGUCCACCGACAAGACCAUCCGGGUGCACGUGCCCACGGAUCCACCGAGGACCAUCUGCACCCGAAGCCACAACAAUGUGCUAAACGGGAUUUGUGCCGAGGGCAACCUGGUGGUAGCUGCCUCUGGGGGUCUAUCGCUGGAGGUCUGGCGGCUGCAGGCCUGAGCAGGCGGACGUGGAUGUGGAUGUGGGUCUGCCGGCCCGCAGGCUGGGCCAGGGCUUCUGUUCUCGGGGGACCUUCCCCCACGCCGGUGCCGCCUCCGCCCUGUCCCGAAGGCCUGGGGCCCAAGGAGUCCGGGCCACAGUUAGGCAGUGUCCCUGGGCUGCGCCCCACGCCAGGGAAGGUGAGGUUGCCGUUCAGGCCCACCCAGGGGACUGCCUGCUCCCCUCCCUUGGGCCCAGUUUUUGUUACGGUUUGGACACCUGCUCUCCCUGGAGAGCAAAGGAGAAAUAAACCUGAUGUACUGGUGUCA